AGUCUGAACACGACCUUAAGAUGACAGUCAACAUCCCCGGGCUAAUCUCCGUCAUCAUCUUCUACAUCAUCAUCCUCGUCGUCGGCGUUGUCGCUGGGAGAAAGAAAAGAUCAAAGACAGUCGUUGGGAUCAUAUUAGCUGAUCGAAACAUGGGUAUUGUCAUGUCCUUGUUUACGAUAACAGCAACAUGGGUCGGCGGAGGUUUCAUCAACGGGACUGCAGAAAUCGUUGCCAAGAAAGGGUUUGCUUGGAUGCAGGCCCCAAUUGGCUACUCGCUCUCACUUAUCAUUGGUGGUAUUUUCUUUUGUCCCCGACUUCGUCGAGACAACUGCGUUACAAUGUUUGACCCUUUCCAAGACCGCUACGGACGGUUGAUGGGCGCUCUCAUGUGCAUACCUCAGUUCCUGGGAGAUCUCUUCUGGACAGCCGCCAUUUUGUCCGCCCUUGGCUCCACGAUGGCUAUCAUCCUUGACCUUGAUGAAACACUGUCUGUUAUUAUUUCUGCCGUCAUCAGCGUCUCUUACACCCUAGUUGGCGGCCUCUGGUCUGUCGCCUACACAGACAUUGUCCAGCUCAUAUGCUUAACUGUAGGCUUGGUUGCUGCCGCCCCCUUCGUCGUGAACAACCAAGCUGUGGACUUGCAUAGGAUCCAGGACACGUGGCUAGGGGAAGUGUCUCUGCAGCAGACAGGUUACUUUCUCGACCGUUAUGGCCUUCUAAUCCUUGGCGGCAUAACGUGGCAGGAGAUGUAUCAACGCACAUUGGCCUGCCGUACAACAAGACAAGCUGUAGCGUCAUCGGUAGCAGCUGGCAUCAUGUGUCUUCUUCUAAGCAUACCACCUGCUGUUAUCGGGUUCGCAGGAUCUGCUGCAGAUUGGAAUCAGACUAGUUAUAUGGGUGACAUCCCCCUUGCCGAGGAACAGAUGCACUUUAUCCUGCCCAUGGCGCUACAGUACCUCUGCCCCAUGACUGUUUCCAUCCUUGGACUGGGUGCGGUCUCAGCAGCCGUCAUGUCAUCCACAGACUCCAGCACACUUUGCACGGCUUCAGUCUUCACCAAGAACAUUUACAAGAGCAUCAUCAGAAAAAACGCCACUGAUCGGGAGAUGGUGUGGGUGAUGAGAGUGGCUACCGUUGCUGCUGGUGUCCUUGCCACCAUCAUAGCCAUCGUUGUAAAGAGUGUCUAUGGACUUUUCAUCCUCUGCUCUGACUUGAUGUACGUGAUUCUCUUCCCACAGUUCAUCUGCGUUCUCUUCAUAAGCAGCUGUAACACGUACGGGUCCUUUGUGGGGUUUGUGGUGGCGUUCACCCUGAGGGCAUGCAGUGGCGCCAAGCUGAUCAACUUCCCUGCUGUGAUACACUUUCCCUUCUACAACCAAACGGAUGGCCAGUUGUUUCCCUUCCGCACACUUAUUGCCGUCAUCGGAUUCUUCCUCACAAUAUCGGUGUCAGUGGGAACCAAACUACUGUUUACAAGAGGAUGGAUAUCAAUGAAAUAUGACAUUUUUGAUUGUUUUGCACCCCUUCAGCGUUCGAACGCAAUUGAGCAGCCAGAGGCUGUAGAAAUGCUGCCCGAAUCUGAUCGACAGAAGGGAAAUCUUCAGCAACAGCACAUGUGAUCGAAUUUGAUCGAGUUUACAAGCACGUCAAUCAAACCACACGAUCCCAUUAUAAUUGGUGAACAUAAGUGAUGAUUGAGGGACGAGCGAGGGUGGUGGGAUCUUUUGUCUGACAUGAUUCUUCUGUGAGGGUGUUAAUACCCUGAACUUUUCGUUUCGUCCAGUCAGCAGCACCGCAGGAAUACAAAAGGAUGUGUAGAUCAUA